GGAUUUCAGUCAGUCUAGAUCUUUUCAAGCAAUCAUGGAACGAUUCUGGGCAGUACAAGUUCUUCUUUUGGCUGGCCUGAUUUUAGGCGAAGCCUGUUCUUACUGCGUUUCAAGGGAAGAGUGCCAAAAAGAAAUUCCAACAUUUUUCUAUCCUUGUUCUAUAACUCAAGUCUGUUGUGAAGUUCUCCGUUCCAAUUCGCAGGAAACGGAUACAGGAUAUGGGGGAAAAAGACCCGAAAAAGAAUUCCCAAAUGUUGAUAUUACCCCUUGGCCACCUAAAGAACGCAAUUCGCUACCAGUUGGUACACAAGUGCAGGGCUUGAGUAACCCAAACGGAUUGGGUAUCACAAAACAUGUUACCGAUGGACAAUCGAAGCCUGGCCAAUAUCCCUGGGUGGUGGCUUUGUUCAACGAAAGUCAGUACUUUGCGGGUGGAUCUCUGAUCUCCGCAGGAGUUGUGCUAACAGCAGCCCACCACGUGUCGUUUUUGGAGACCGAACAAAUUUUUGUCAGAGCUGGCGUAUGGAACUUAGAACCCACAACGAAUCCCUUUGCGUCUUAUGUCCGCGGUGUGAAGAGGAUCGAGAGCCACCAACACUUUGAUUAUGAAAGUGGGGCCAAUGACUUGGCGCUUCUCUUCCUUAAAACCCCUUUCGAGUUAGAGGGACACAUCAGAACUAUCAGGUUGCCUUUCGCAAAUAAAGCCAACGAGGGACUUUGCUGCACGUUGGCCGGUUGGGAAUGGCCAUCGAAGAUCGGGGCACAGGAUCAAGGCUCUUCGAGCAUUAUGAAGAAAGUGGAACUACGCAUUUUGGGCAGAAACACAUGUCAGAAUGAGUUGAGAAGGACCAUAGACAUGGGUAACUAUUAUACUCUGCCCCAGAGUCUCAUUUGCACCCGAGGUGUGGCUGGUGUCAGCUUGGCUGCAGGAUCUCCCUUGUUCUGUUCCAUCGAUGAAAAAAAUCAACAUAUCUACGAGCAGGUUGGCAUCGUGUCCUGGGGCAAGGAUUGCGGCCAGAGCGGUGUUCUCGAAACCUAUACAGAUGUUUUUAUGUUCAAGGAGUGGAUAACAAGCAGUAUAGUGACGUGAAUGAAUUUUUGGAUUAACACCAUUUAAAUGUUUCCAGGACCCUAAAAAACGUUUUGGGACAAACUGAAAAAUCCCAAAAUUCUUUUGUAUAAAUGUUUAAGGAACUUUUGGAUUUUAACUAAUGAGGUGUCAUGCGACGCAAAUUUUUAGUAAGAAUACAAUUUGGCUAAUAAACU